AUGCCAGAAGAAGAAAAAGCAAACCUCUCAGCAAGAAGGAUGAACGGCAGACUCAAAGAGAACAUUGGAUCAGUAAGGUUAUUGUUCCUUUUAUUAUUGUCUUUGUUCUGCAAGGCUGCCUCAGAGCAGAUUCAGUAUUCAAUCCCUGAGGAAAUGGAGAAAGGGUCUAUUGUAGGGAAUCUAGCCAAAGAUUUAGGACUUAGUCCUGGAGAAAUAGCAAGCCGCAAUCUGCAUGUCCUUUCUCUAGAUAAAAAGCAAUAUUUUACUAUCAGUGCAGACAAUGGCAAACUGUAUGUAAACGACAGGAUAGAUAGAGAGGGAAUCUGUGGGGAAACUAUAUUUUGCCUUAUUAAUUUUGAAGUCAUGGCUGAAAACCCCAUGAAUAUUUUCCAUGUAUCUAUAACAGUCCAGGACAUUAAUGAUAAUACACCACAUUUCUUAACUGAGGAUAUCAGGCUAGAACCAAGUGAAUUAACUUUACCAGGACACCGAUUUGGUCUUGGAUAUGCUGAAGAUUCAGAUGUUGGAAUGAAUUCCCUCCAGAGUUACCAGCUCAUUCCCAAUCAAUAUUUCACACUGGAAACUAGAGAGGGAGAAGAUGGAAAUAAAUAUGCAGAAUUAGUAUUGAGUAAACAGUUGGAUAGAGAAAGUGAAAGCAGUUUCCAUGUAAUUGUCAUGGCUGUAGAUGGAGGAAAACCCGCCAGAACAGGGACUGCCAAAAUAUGGGUCAAUGUCAUUGAUGCCAACGAUAACCCACCUGUUUUUGCACGAGAAUUAUACAAGGUUAGCUUGAAGGAAAAUGCUCCCAAAGGAUCUUCAGUGGUACAAGUGAAAGCCACUGACAGAGAUGAAGGUUCCUACGGACAGAUCAGCUACAGCUUUAGCAGCAUUGUUAAAAGUGAUCGCCAGAAAUUUCAUUUAGAUUCACAUGAUGGGACAAUCUCUGUUAUAGAGACACUGGACUUUGAGGAAGCAGAUAAAUAUUCUGUAGCAGUAGAAGCAAAGGAUGGGGGUGGGUUAGUGGCUCACUGCAAAGUUGAAAUAAAGAUAGUAGAUGAGAAUGACAAUGCCCCGGAAAUCAUUGUUGUCUCAUUAUCCAGCCCACUACGUGAAGAUUCUGCAUCUGGGACGCUGGUAGCUCUUAUCAAUGUAAAGGACAGAGAUUCAGGAGAAAAUGGAAACAUAGUUUGUCAUGUACUAAGUAAUUUGCCAUUUCAAAUUGUCUCAACAUCCAAUAACUACUAUAAGUUGCUUACAGAUGGUACCCUUGACAGGGAAAAUACUCCCGAGUAUAAUAUCACAAUCACAGCCACAGAUAAAGGCAAUCCUCCUCUUUCUACACUCAAGACCAUUUCAGUGCAGAUCUCCGAUAUCAACGAUAACCAUCCAGCCUUUGAAAAGCAUUCCUAUACCGCCUAUGUGCCAGAAAACAACCCCUCUGGAGCCUCCAUUUUCAGGGUCAAAGCCUCUGACCGAGAUCUGGAUCGCAAUGCACAAAUCACUUACUCCAUCCUCAAGAGCAACAUUGAGGACCUGCCUCUCUCCUCUUAUGUCUCCAUUAAUUCUGAGACAGGAAUUAUUUAUGCACAGCGCUCCUUUGACUAUGAACAAUUCAGGGAGUUCCAACUUCAAGUGAAGGCCCAAGAUGGAGGGUCUUCUCCUCUCAGCAGCAAUGUCACAGUGAAAGUGUUUGUUAUGGACAAGAAUGACAACAGCCCUCAGAUUCUCUACCCUUCCAAUGGAGUGGAAGGCUCAGCCUUGUUUGAGAUGAUACCUCGUUCAGCUGAUGCAGAUUAUCUGGUGACCAAGGUGGUAGCAGUGGAUGCUGACUCUGGACACAAUGCCUGGCUCUCCUACCACCUGCUUCAGGCCACUGAGCCAGGGCUCUUCACAAUUGGACACCACACUGGUGAGAUCAGGACAUCCCGAACUUUUUUGGAAAGAGAUGCUGUGAAGCAGAGGGUGAUCAUCUUAGUGAAGGAUAAUGGACACCCAUCGCUAUCUGCUACGGUGACACUGAAUCUGGUGUUUGCCGAGAACUUCCAGGAGGCCCUUCCAGAAAUGAAAAACCAGUCCAGCGGCCCUGACUAUCAGUCUGAUCUGCAGUUCUACCUGGUGCUGGCCUUGACUUUGAUCUCCUUCUUGUUCCUCUUGACGGUGAUUCUGGCCAUUCUGAUGAAGCUUCGAAAAUCAGGGAAUCCAAAAUUCCUACAGUGCUUUGGUCCCAUCCCCCAUUCAAACAACGGUAUCAUAUUUCCACCCAAUUAUGAAGAGGGGACACUGCCUUACUCUUAUCAGCUUUGCUUAUCAUCUGAAUCCCGGAUUCAGGAAUACGCCUUUCCAACAACCAGUGUUCAAACAGCAGAGAACAUUUCUUUUAAGAAUCAAUCUGAGGCAGUUUUGACAGCUAUUGAGGGAAAUAGCCUCAAUUGUAAGAUGGAUAAAUCUGAUAUGGUAAGUUCAUUUUGA